AUGGCGACGGCGGCUGUGGCUCGGGUUUCCGCGCUGCUGGGGCGGCGGCUGCAGCCGGCGCGGCCCAUGUCGAGCGGCGCCCACGGCGAGGAGGGCUCAGCGCGCCUGUGGAGGGCUCUCACCUACUUCGUGGCGCUCCCCGGCGUGGCGGUGAGCAUGCUGAACGUCUUCCUCAAGUCGCGCCAGGGAGAGCACGAGAGACCCGAGUUCAUCGCCUACCCCCACCUGCGCAUCAGGACCAAGCCCUUCCCCUGGGGAGACGGUAACCACACUCUCUUCCAUAACCCCCACAUGAACCCGCUGCCAACGGGCUACGAAGAGGACCAUUAG